AUGUUAUCAUAUAAAAUAGUCACUCAAUCAACCAACUAUGGGACUGCAUACAGUGGUAGAGAGACAAUAUACCCCAAUGGAUCCCUCCUGCUCCAGAACGUCACCCUGAAGGACACAAGAAAGUAUAUCCUACAAGCCACAGACAAAGAAUAUGAUACCAAACAAGUAACUGGACAGCUUCGUGUGUACCGUGAGUGA